UGCAAAGGUAAACAUGGCGGCUGUGUGCUGAAUUGGAGCGGCUGCCAAGAGGACUGAUCGGUGGUCGCACCAGUCCAAUACAAAAGCGCAAGUAUCAAGGUACCGUUCCUCACAAUGGACAGGAAGAAGAAGCUGCUGGAAGUAACUGCCGCCUCGCUGGUAGAUCUGAAGGCUGAACUAUUUAGAAAGCAAGAGGAAUUCAAACAAGAGAAGCUUUCUAAGGAUGCUGGCAUAUCAUUGAAGCCAAGAGCAGACAGCAAGAAACCCAAUAUAUUUAGUAAGCAAAAUGCUGGAGUCACGGUACGAUCAGAAAGAGAUGUGGAAGAGAAGACUGAAGAGGAAAACACUUUGGAUAAAUCCAGGAAGAAACUAGAGGAGAAAGCUCUCCUGUACGAAAGGAUGACCAAAGGAGACUUUCCAGAUGAAGAGACGGAGGAGCUGUACCUUGUGGAUUUUACUCAGAAAAUCCUCGAUAAAAGAAAGGAAGUGCAAACUUUAUGCCAGAAGGAGAAGGAAGGUGGUGGGGAAGAACAGGAUGGGAUCUCUGAUCCGCCAAUUCCAGCUGCACAGGAUCCCAGUGAAGAAUGGGUAGAUUAUGUGGAUUCACUGGGCAGAUCAAGACGCUGUAUGAAAAAGGACCUUCCCCAUCUCCUGAAAAUGGACCAAAAGCUUAAAGGGAAGAGCCCAGCUGCGGAGGAGAAGACUCUGCUAUCUGAUGACAUGAGGCGAGAGAUGCAGAGACAAAAAUGGGAGCAAGAGGAAGAAGAGUCAUUAAAGAAACCAGCAGGACCUAUGCACUAUGAAGAUAUCCGAGAACAGGAGGCUAGGCAAUUAGGUGUUGGGUAUUUUGGCUUUGCCCGUGAUGAAAACGCUCGUCAGAAACAGAUGGAGACUCUGAAUAUGCUGCGAGAUCAGACGGAGGAUCAGAGGCUGAAACGGGAGAGGUUGAAAACAAAGCGCAAGGCCAUGCUGCAAGCACGUCUCUCCAAAUUGAAACAGAGAAAACUGAAGAACCUGAAAGGGGAGGGCGCAGAAGACGAAACUGUACCAGAAGAGGAAGAUUUUAUUGGACCAGAACUUCCAGAGGCAGAAGAACCUGUCGGGCCUGAGAAAAAGGUGGAGGUUGUAGUCCAGGAGCGGAGAGACACGAAACCUGGAGUGCCCCAUGUUCGUGAGUGGGACAGAGGCAAAGAGUUCACAUUCGGACACUGGUCUAAACCACGGACAGAUCCUAGAGAUGAGAGAGACCCUGACUUUGCACCACCAUCAUUCUAUUCUUCAAAGCGUAAGAAAUCAUCAGGGCCCCAGUCACAGCCUCGGAACCAGCCUGGUUCAUCGAGUGGAAAAUUGAACUUUGGCUUUAAGCAGAAUUCAUUCACUGAGCGUCAGCAGCCUCAGGCCAGCCUUGGCAAAGACCCCGAGCCGGAAGAGAAGAGUUUAGAGGAUAUGAUCUCUUACUAUAGGAACGUGUCCUGAUGCCAUGGAGACAGGUUGAGACUGCUGCCUGUAUAACCUGUAGUUUCAUUAUAUCAUAUUUAAAGUGGACCUGUCACCCAGACAUAAAAAGCUGUAUAAUAAAAGUCCUUUUCAAGUUAAA